AUGGCGAAUGAUUUAAUUUUAGUGACAGGUUUUGGUCCAUUCGCUCAUUUUCAUACCAAUGCCAGCUGGGAGGCAGUGAAGAAUCUGGCUCAUGACGAUUUUCAGAAUAAACAAGUAGAAUUGGACGUGAGACAGCUAUCCGUUGACUAUAAUUUCAUCUCGGAGACAUUGCCAGGAAUCCUUCAAAGUGAAAAUCUAUUGCUUUGUGUCUACGUUGGAGUCCAUGGUACCGCUGAGACCAUUUUAUUAGAGAGUCGCGCUUUUUGUAACAAUUACGUACUUCCAGAUGUUUCAGGCCGUUGUCCAGCUGAUAACUGCUGUAUAGAUAAAGAUGGCCCAGCAGAGUUAAAUACAAGUUUGAAUCUCAAGGCUGUUGCCGAUGAGGUCAAUAAGUCCCUUACUGAUGGAAAAGUCGAGCUUUCUGAUGACCCUGGAAGGUAUCUUUGCGGAUUCACCUAUUAUACUUCUCUCAAACUUGCAAAAUGUCCAUCAAUAUUUAUCCACGCUCCAGUUACGGAAAUUUACGACAGCAAUACAACAGCUGCCGCCAUAAAAUUAAUAAUGCCCCAUUUGAUUGAUCAAGCACGAAAGCUUAAAAAUAUUUAAAUAUUG